AUGGCUGCGCUCUGGGCCGUGGCUCUGUGCGCUUUUUACGCACUGGCGCUGGGACAAGAGAGGCAGCCCACAGUGAGACAGUGCUGCGAGGACGGCACAAACCGAGGCCUUAAAAGACAAGAGUGCACAGUCCUGCCGCUCAUGUCGUCGGAUCACACCUGUAUGAUUGCCCAAGAACAGUGUUGUGCGGCGACUGUCGAAGCCCGACUUUGUGACGCCGGGAAGAAAAUGGCCGAACAGAAGGGGGCGUGUGACAGACCCUACCUCCAGGGGGAGCUACUGGACACUCAGCUCUCUAAGGUGUGUUGUGAGUGCUGUGUGCUCGGGCAGACGGCGGCUCGUCAGGGUUUGGGCUGUGAACUCGACGGGAUGAUUCUGGGGAAACUGUGUGAGGUCACGGCCAGAGCCUGCUGCCUCCAGAACGACAACGACGACAAAAACAACAAAAACAACAACGACACGGAGAACGGAAAAGGACCAGCCAAAGCAGCUGAGGAGCAGAUUGGGGCCGGACUGAAGGAGUCUGGGUCACCGGGAGAUCGGCUUAAAGCGUUAAACACCUCGCCAAAUGUCACCGCCGGGACAAACGCUCUGCCUUUUGGCUCGGACCUGCACAGACACUUAAAACGUGUGAAUCAGGCCAGAGCGGCGCCGUUUACUCACCACGUGCUCUUUGGUUUCUUUAUAGAUCUGCACAAGAACACGGAGAAAGAUAAAACUGGAACCAACGUGACCACGAAGCCCAAAGACGACACACACGUCUGCAAAGAGUCCAUUUGCUCACAGUUGUGUUUGGGCAACGGGACGUGUGGCUGUCAGGACGGGUACCGGCUCAAAGACGACGGCGUGAACUGUGAGGACGUGAACGAGUGUUUGACCGGAAACCACAACUGUAUCUUUGGCCUGUUCUGUAUAAACACUGAAGGGUCGUUUCGGUGUCAGAGGGAGACGGGCUGCGGCACCGGAUACGAACUCACCGACAACAACAGGUGUCAAGACAUAGACGAGUGUGUCCUGGGCUCUCAUAACUGUGGACCCGAGUUCAGCUGCACAAACACGGCCGGGUCGUUCCGCUGUCGCCCGAAGGAGACGUGCGCCCCGGGACACGUCCAGGACGCCAUCGGCAACUGCAUCGACAUAAAUGAGUGUGUGGUUUAUACGAGCCCGUGUCCGCCCGGUCAGACCUGCAUAAACUCGCCGGGCUCCUUCACCUGUCGCAGAAACACCAUCACCUGUGGGCGGGGCUAUCACCUGACGGAGGACGGCGCGCGCUGCGAAGAUGUGGACGAGUGCCGAGCAGGAGGCGUGUGCGGAGGUCACGGCUGUGUGAACCUGAUCGGAUCCUAUCGCUGUGAGUGCAGAGUGGGAUACGUCUUCAACAGCAUCAGCAAACUCUGCGACGAUAUAAACGAGUGCAGACAUUACCCCGGGACACUGUGCGCUCAUAAAUGUGAAAACACAGACGGGUCGUACAGAUGCAGCUGCACCUCAGGAUUCAAACUGGCCUCAGACGCAAGGAGCUGUGAAGACGUGAACGAGUGCGAGACGAACCCCUGCGGUCAGGAAUGCGCCAACGUCUACGGCUCGUACCAGUGCUACUGUCGCCGCGGUUACCAGCUCAGCGACAUCGAUGGCACCACCUGUGACGAUAUCGACGAGUGCGCUCUGCCGACUGGAGGUCACGUCUGCUCCUACCGCUGCGCCAACGCUCCUGGAAGUUUCUACUGCACCUGCCCCACUGCGGGAUACACACUCGCCCCCAACGGACGCUCGUGUCAGGAUAUCGACGAGUGCGCCACGGGAGGCCACACGUGUUCGGCGUCUCAGAGCUGCUUUAACGUCCAGGGAGGGUUUCGCUGUCUGUCGUUUGAGUGUCCCGUGAACUUCCGCCAAGCAGCACCAGGCCGUUGCGAGCGUGUCACUUGUGAGUUUACACGUAGCCCCGCGUCGUGUUCGUUGCUCCCUCUGAGAAUCUCCCACUACAACCUCACCUUCCCCGCCGACACCCCCGUCCCGGCCGACGUGUUCCGGAUGGGGCCCUCCAACUCCGUCCCCGGGGACCAGAUGGACAUCAGCAUCGCGUCCGGAGAUGAGGAGGGGUACUUUGAGGUGCAGCCGCAGACCCACGGGGGAGUGAUUUCACUGCGACGCGCUCCGGCUGGACCUCGGGACUUCCUGUUGACGGUGGAGAUGAGGCUGGUGCGAUACGGGAGGUCGCAUUUGUACAUGGCCAAGAUCGCGGUGUUUGUGACUCCCGAAAACGAUGGCUCUGUGCGCUGUGUUAAGUCCUGUCAGCCCAAUGACUUCAGCUGCCCCCUGGACCCGGUCCACCUCAUCACGUACACGGUCCUGUCUCUGCCGACGUUCAGGGACUUCACAGGCCCAGAAGAAAUCGUCUUCCUGAGGACGGCUGCAGCGGCGCCUUAUCCAGGCUCCGCUGACGUCAUGUUCGACAUCCAGUCUGCAGACGACCAGCUCUCUUUCGACGUCAUUAAAAGUGUUUAUCAAGGCAUGAUUAUGGGCGUGGUCCGUCAGGUGAAGCCGAUCACGGGCCCAAAGGAGGUGGUCGUGGAGGUGACGAUGAACUACGUGAAGUCUGGAGUCGUGUCUCAUCGUAACAUUGUUGAAAUCCACCUCUUUAUUUCUGAGUUUUGGUUCUGA